AUCCAUCCGUGUUUGUCCAAUAGAAGCUGCUAGAAGGGGCUUGGGCCAGUCGGGAAACUUGAGUCUUGGGUCUUGCUACUUUCCUUCUACAUUAGAAAAAGGCAAAACGAAAAGGAAACCGAAAGAAAAAGCUCAGAAACACUCAAAUCAAAUACACAGAAUCAAGAGCCUCUUAAUCCAACCUAAUUCAGCUGAGAGAAUGGACGCUUCGAAGCUGAACCAAUUCAAGCAAUUCAUCGAGCAGUGCAAGUCCAAUCCCUACGUUCUCAGCGACCCUUCCCUCUCCUUCUUCCGCGACUAUCUCGAGAGCCUCGGUGCCCAGCUCCCACCCUCCGCGUACAAGCAUGACGACUCCAAAUCCAAGAGCUUUGUCGUGGAGGAGAGCGACGAGGACAUGGCGGACACGGAUGGCGGGAAAGGGAAUGCUUACGAUGAAGGAGAAGAGGACGAGAUAAUCGAGUCCGACCUCGAGCUCGAGGGCGAGACGGUGGAACCUGAUAAUGAUCCCCCGCAGAAGAUGGGAGAUUCCUCAAUCGAGGUCUCUGAGGAGAGCCGCGAUGCUGCGCAGACUGCUAAGGCCAAAGCCAUGGAAGCCAUUUCUGAAGGAAACUUGGAGGAAGCGAUCGAGAAUCUCACGGAGGCGAUUUUACUCAAUCCAACGUCAGCCAUCAUGUAUGCGACCAGAGCUAGUGUCUAUGUCAAGAUGAAGAAACCAAAUGCGGCUAUCCGUGACGCCAGUGCAGCUUUGGAGAUUAAUCCAGAUUCUGCUAAAGGUUACAAGACUCGUGGCAUGGCGCAAGCAAUCCUCGGUCAGUGGGAAGAGGCUGCAAAGGAUCUUCAUCUGGCAUCAAAGUUAGACUAUGAUGAGGAAAUCAAUUCCGUACUUAAGAAGGUUGAACCAAAUGCACAUAGGAUCGAGGAACAUCGUCGGAAGUAUGAAAGGUUGCACAAGGAAAGAGAGGAGAGAAAGAAUGAACGUGAAAGACAACGUCGCCGUGCUGAAGCUCAGGCUGCAUAUGAGAAGGCCAAGAAGCAAGAAGAGUCAUCCUCCAGUCAGAAACCUGGAGGCAUGCCAGGGUUUUCAGGGGGGAUGCCUGGAGGGUUUCCAGGAGGUAUGCCUGGAGGGUUUGCAGGAGGUAUGCCUGGAGGUUUCCCUGGUAGCAUGCCAGGAGGGAUGCCUGGAAAUGUUGAUUUUAGUAAAAUAAUGAAUGACCCUGAACUGAUGGCGGCAUUUAGUGAUCCAGAAGUCAUGGCUGCUCUUCAAGAUGUAAUGAAAAACCCUGCGAAUCUUGCGAAGCAUCAAUCAAAUCCCAAGGUGGCUCCUGUAAUUGCAAAGAUGAUGGGCAAAUUUGGAGGACCCAAGUAAACUGUUUUAUUAUUGAAAUCGUUAUUGUGGAAGAUCAACUUUCAGCAAGUUCAGGCAGGCAAGAUCUUUUUAUGAUACAUUUGAGGUUGUAUUAUCAUUCCAACAUCCAAAACGUUGGUGGCUGCUUGCCUAUUUCUGAUUUUAGAAUUUGUUCGAGAGAGUGUUGGUUUUGAUGAUCUAUCUUGCCGAUGUGUUAAUUUAGGCAGUUUGCGU